GGCUCUGUCAGCGUCAGCUUCGCCGAGGCCAUGGCGGUACCCCCGGAGUUCUCCCUGGUCGGACCGUCGGUGGUGUGCUCGGCGGCCGACUCACGCGCCACCUACCGGGCGCUGACGCUGGAGGGCCUCGGCCGGGCGCUCACCUACACGUGGAACGUGACGCUGGAGGCGGACACCACGCUGACGCAGCGCACCACGCUGGAAGUCUGGCAGGGCAUCAACGAGGUCAUGGAACGCGAUGCGACGUACGGGACGGGAGCCGUGUCCGUCUACACCAUCAACACGUCACCGCUCAUCGCCGACGACUUCAACUACCAGGUGUUUGCGAAGGCGCAGACGUGGGUGGGCGGCUCGCCUCGGGCCUCUCGGUGGCCGUGUCGGCCCUGA